AUGGAUAAUUCGUCUCUUUCGCAUUUGUUGUUUGAUCUUGUCCCUCGUACACUGCGCGCAUUACGCGCUCUGCAUGACGAGACUAAACAACGGCUGCGACAGAGACUCUCAUGGUUACCGUGCGUUUCGACAACUUACUUGGGAAAUGAAAAGAAACUGAAAGUUCCGGCAGCUUUCUGUCACGCCCGCCAGAAACGAGAUCUUGUAAUAGAUCCAGAAUGGGCCCGCUCGGCCAGAGAACUUAAGUCGACAGGUUCCCUCACUGGCAAACCAAAUGAACAUUUCGAAGCAAAACCGAAGACUAAGCCGAAGACUAAGCCGGAGCCCGAGUGGAAGACGGCUUCUUUACGAAAAAAGGAGGCCGAUAAACCCACCAAGACGCAGUCGGAGUAUUGGGAGGAGGCGCGGCCGGACUGGGCGAAAGGAAAGAACCCUGUCGAUAAACCCAAGAUCCCUGAGAAACCCAAACCCAAAGCGAAAGAUUACUGGAAAGAAGCAAGACCCAAAUGGAGCAAAGGAAAAUGCUCCGUCACCAAACCUACUGCAGGAGAUAUUAAAAAGAUAGAGGAGAAGAAGAAGUACGAGUAUCCAAAACCUGACUGGGCAACUCGAGGGAGCAACAAAGAUAAGAUGCAGGCGUCAGACGAACAAGAUGGCAGCAAAGGUCUUCUUAAAGCCGAGUUGGAAAACAUAUUUGGAAAACCCAAACCGAAAGAGGCGGGUAGUCAUCGAGUAGUGAAAAGACGCCAUUCCUCCGAGGGCAUCGAGGAAAGUUAUCGAGCAAGCAUACGAAAAUUUGCAGACCAUCGUCGCAGUCUGAUAGUGAAAACAAAACAUCGACCAACGUCCAAUCCUGUUAAGCAGCUGUUGUCACGCGAGGAUGUAAGAAGUGAGCUGUAAGGUGUGGAUUGGAGUCUAAGAAUGUCAGCAUCUACGUUCCGUUUGUCUAAAUUAGCGUCCAGACACGCGUUGAGAAUUCAUUCUCAUCAAGUACCAAGGGCUUAAAAGGGUGAAAUAAUCGGUCGGCUUCAUCUGGUAAAUUGCUCUUUUCCUUCCUCUUUCAAGGUUACAUUUCAGGAAGUAUAAGUAUAGUUUACGUUUUAAAAAUAUUUUGGCAUCAAAAAGGGAAGUCUAGAGCAAGUGACCUGGAUUUUAUAAAUCUCGUAAAUUGCCAACAUUGUUCAUAAAUUUAAUAACGACUACAAGCGUUGGUUUUUAUCUCGUCGAACUUAUGUACAGAUGAUGUGUGGACGUCAAUACCCUGAACCGUUUCAUUACACUAUAUUUAAUUGCUGCUGAGAUCAAAUCUGUUCAUUCAAACUUUAAGUUAAGGGACGUGAUUUAUUUUGUUGCGUUGUAUCAUUGUAGUUAGAGUAUGAGAGGAUAAGACUGGUUAAAGAUAUGCGCCCAAGUUUCAGAGCUCUGCAAUGAAAGGAUCAAUUAGGAAACGAAAAUACGUAACAGGGAAUGAAAUCAGUGGCACAUUAGUAUAAAAUUUAAGAAUGAACAAAAAAUAAACAGUUUUGUAUCAAUAAAACUACAACAAUCAGAAAAAAAAUGCUAGAUGAGCAAAGAGUGAAUAGAUUAGUGAACAGACUUAUUCCUGAUGAGUGAUUUCGGGUAGACAUACACGUAGAAACACGCAAAUCUGAGUAUAGUUUUUACUUACCCCAGCGAAAAAUUUGUAUUUCAUUGAUAUCAAGUGAAUAUGUUCUCUUGGUGAUAUUUAACACAAUUCGUCAAUAUUGCCGUUACACUGAAUCUCAUUCAUGUAUAAUGUGUAUCGAAUAUAGGCCUUGUAAUUCAUGUAUAAUGCUUUAUCGAAUGUAGACCCUCAGUACAACUGUUAUGGGAUACUGAUGUAAACAUUUUUUUCUGUCUAAAAACUAUUUAAAUGUUGUUUCCAAAUAAAAUUGGAAGUAAAGUGA